AUGCUCUGUGGGUGGCUGAACAACGGGAACACCUUGAAGACGCCUAGCGAGCUCAACACCCUCGUCCACGAGGUCCUCCGGCACCCGCAUUUCCGCUUCGAGGACUUGAAGGGCUUCGAUGCGCAGAUCGCUAACAGACGUGCCGAUGAGGCUGAUAAGCAGGCGGGAACCCCGUUCGGGACUGGCUUCAGAGAGAGGGCUGUAACGAUUGAUGUGCCGUCGGGCGACAAGACAGUUCCUCCAGAGCGUAUAGAGGUCCCGGGCUUACACUACCGUCGCAUCAUGGACGUCCUCCGGGAGGCAUUGCAGGACCCCGUUCUAUCACCCAAGUACCAUCUCUUCCCCUUCCGACUCUUCCGCCGAGCUGGCGAUAGCAACGAAGCGAGUCGCAUCUAUUCCGAGAUCUACAACUCGGAUGCCAUGCUCGAGGCGCACGAGGAUGUCCAGUCUGCUCAUCUGCCACCAGAGGAGCAGGAGUGCAAGCGACCACGCAUAGUCUCUGCACUGAUGGCUUGGUCAGACUCUACGCACCUGGCGAACUUCGGCAAUGCGCACGUUUGGCCCAUAUACCUCAUGCUCGGCAACCUCUCGAAAUACAUACGGUGUCAGCCUACAUCUGGCGCUUGUCUCCAUCUUGCGUACAUUCCAUCUCUCUCUGCCGAAACAAAGCGGAAGAUCGCAGCUUUCCAUGCGAAAUGGGAUACUCAGCAGAAGCAGAUACUUACUCACUGCAAGCGCGAACUCAUGCAGGCUGUGUGGGCGAUUCUACUUGAGGACGACGAGUUCCUCAAGGCGUAUCGCUAUGGAUUUGUCAUGGAGAUCAACGGGACAGAGUACCGAGUGUAUCCCCGUCUGUUCACUUAUUCUGCCGACUAUCCUGAAAAGGUUCUGCUCGCCACCAUCCGGGACAAGGGAAUUUGUGUCUGUCCACGAUGUCUGAUGCCGCGCGACAAACUCGAGUGUAUGGGUAUGGUCAGCGACAUGAAAUACCGCCUGACGCACGCACGGACCUAUCUCAAGUGGGCGGUCGAGCGCGCGCGGAAUCUGAUCUACAACAUGGCCACACCUAUCACGGGACCUGCGGUAGAGCGCCUUCUGAAGGCUACGUCGUCUGUGCCAACCAAGAAUGCGUUCAAAAUUGACGAGCUCGACAACAUCGAUGUCUCGCGCUUCUUAGUCGUGGACUUCAUGCACGAGUUUGAGCUGGGUGUAUGGAAGGCCUUCUUCACGCACUCCAUCCGCCUUCUCUACGCGAUCGAUUCCGCGCUUGUGAAGGAGCUCAACAAGCGGUAA